AUGUACACACCAAGCUCUUCUGCCUUAAAAUUAAAACCGUAUACAUAAAUUUCAACUGUUCAAAGCAAUGAUUAUUUAAAGACAUAAAAUGAAAGAUCUAAACAUAAUCUGUAUUUUAACAUACAAGAAAAUAAAUAAGAUGACUAUACUGAUGAAUCACAAUUUUAGUCUAACGUAGAGGUAUUAUUUAAAUAUCAUAAAAACAAAGAAAACUUGGCAAGACUUCGCUUACAAACGUCUAAUGAUGUAAGAAUGAAAAAAGCUAAUAAAUCUAGAGAAAAGAUAAAUAAUAACAAGGAUGAACAAGCUGAACUAGAAGAAACAAAAUAUUUAAAAUAUAGCAAAAAGGAAUUUAGGAUUAAAUCAAGAAAUAAUUAGAUUAAGCCGUUAUUAAUUAAAGAUUAAUAAAACAAAAUGAACUCUCUGCUUUUAUUAAGAUAACCUUCUACAAAAGCAUAGUUUACAUACGUAGUAGAACCUGGGAAUAAUUCUGAGCUCAUAAAAAAAAUAUUAAUGAAACGUUCCUGGAUAACAGAAAUGAAGUAGAAUUCUACUAGUUGGAAUUUUAAAUGGAAACCUACAAGCAGUGGUCUGCAUUACGAUGAAUUAACGAAAAUAGGAACUAAGAAGCAAAGUACUAAUCAUAUAUAAUUUCAUUCUGAAAUUUCCUCAAAAGCUAAAUUAUUUACAAAUUUAACUUACUAUGCAAAGACAGUUGAUGAAUAAGCAUAAUUUAUAAUUCCUUCUUCCUUUUUGCUAAACUUAGACUCAGAAAGUCUUACAGAUGAAUUAGAUGAAUUUUUUGAUCUUUUUUUGACUGUAUAAAACUCUACAGCAUUAGAAAAUAUAUGGCUCCUUAAACCUACUGAUACAAAUAGAGGAAGAGGUAUAAAACUAUUUAAUAAGCUAGAAUAAUUCAUGACUUAUAUGCAAGGCUAUGGAAAAAAUGGCUUAAUUAGAGAAAAAUUAAUAAAAUUGGGAGUAAUAAACGAAAAUGACAUCAUUCAAAAUUAUAAAUAAAGCCAAGUAUAUGAACAAUACAAUACUAAAAACUUGUAAAAUAAAAGUAAAAAAAUUGCUGGAGGGAAAUAGUUAAUAAUUUAAAAAUAUCUAGAAAAUCCUUUAUUAAUUACUAAUAGAAAAUUUGAUAUGCGUAUAUGGGUUUUAAUUGAUUAAGAUCUAUAAUAUUAUGUAUUUAAAGAAGGCUACAUAAGAUUAUCAUCAGAGAUUUACAAUCUAGACUCACAAAACUUAAACAAUAUAUUUAUACACUUGACCAAUAAUGCAGUUUAAAAAACAUCUUAAAAUUAUGGAAAAUAUGAAAAUGGCAAUAUAAUUUCCUAUAAAUAAAUGAAAGAUAUUCUCAGUGAAUAAAAACCAAACAUAAGCUUUGAUUAAAUUCUCAACUAAAUUAAAUAGUGUAUUAUGUACUCCAUGACAGCAGCUGAAAAAAAGCUAACAAAAAGAGUAAAUAAUAACACGUUUGAAAUAUUUGGCUAUGACUUUAUGGUUGAUUAGUAAGGUGAAGUAUCUUUGAUAGAAAUUAAUUCAAAUCCAUGUCUUGAAGAAUCUAAUUAACUAUUAUCCACUUUAAUACCCAGAAUGCUGAAUGAUGCAUUUAGACUUACAAUAGAUAAGAUAUUUAGUGCUAGUACUUCAUAUAGUGAAUCUAUUUCCAAUAAAAGUAAAUCCUUAUUUUACAUUAGUAGUAUUGACUAUCCUGUUGAAGGCUAUAAUAGCUAUGAAAAUUUAUGGGAGCUCAUCGGAUAAUUAAUAUGA